AUGUCCAGUUCUGCCCUGACUUGUGGGUCCACCUUGGAAAAGUCAGGAGGGACCUGGGAAAUGAAGGCACUAGACUCUUCCAGACUCGUUCCAUGGCCACCCAGAGGCCUUGGGUCAUCUACCCAACAUCCCAACAAACCCAACUGUGCACUGGCAUCAUGCCAGGGGCCAGAUAUUCUGCCAGGAGCAGCCUCUGCCCUCCCAGAGCUGACAUUUCAGGGAGAUGUGUGCCAAAGCAAGACCUGUAAGAGAUAAUUACAAACAGCCAUCUCUCUUGACAUCACUGCACCCCAAAUAAAUCUUCUGGGAAGACCCUCUUCACCUCUAGCUCUCCUGAUACAGCAAGACAGUUGUGAACAAGUUAUUUAUAACUCUAUACCUCAAUUUCCUGGUAUGGAAGAUGGGGGUAAUGAGAGGACCUGUGCCACAGGAUGGUUGUGGAGACUGUAUGAGGAUAUAGGUGCUGAGCCCAGUAGCACAGGGUACAGCAGUUCAAACCAACUGACAUUUAUUGAGGGCUGCUUUGUCAGGUCCCUCUCUACAGUAUACUCCAACACACACAUACACACACAGCUGUAA